AUGAGCUACAACCUUUUUCUCCUGGCUUUUGUCCUGGGCAUGACUGGAACCUUCCACUAUGGAUUGCAGGUCUCCAUUAUCAAUUCUCCUGCUGAGUACAUCCAAAGUUUCAUCCGUGAGACCUGGCUGAAGAGAUAUGGCUCCUCUCCCAGUGCAGAGAUGAUCACUUUGAUGUGGUCCCUCAUUGUGUCCAUUUACAGCAUUGGUGGGCUCCUGGGAUCCUCAUCUGCUGGGUAUUUGUCUGUUAGAUUUGGAAGGAAGAAGGCCAUGCUGCUUGCCAACAUCCCUGCUCUGCUGGGUGCAGCUCUGAUGGGACUCAGCCGGCUCUGUGGAUCUUUUGAGAUGAUCAUUGCUGGAAGGUUAUUUUCUGGAGUCUGUGGAGGUUUAACUCAGAAUGUCCAUAUCAUGUACGCUGGGGAAUGUGCCCCACGGAAGCUCCGCGGGCUGAUUGCCAUAACAGCUUCUACCUUCUCUGCUAUGGGAAAAUUCGUAGGAUUUGCUCUGGGUCUCAGAGAAGUUCUUGGAGUGGAGGCUCUCUGGCCAAUUCUCCUGGCAGCCAAUGCAGUCCCUGCCCUUGCUCAGCUUCUCACCCUCCCCUUCUUCCCAGACUCUCCCCGCUACCUGCUCAUUGACCAAAAGGACAAGGAGGGAUGCAUCAAAGCCGUGAAGCAGCUCUGGGGGGAUGGGGACCAUCUGGCUGAAAUAAAUGACAUGAUGUCAGAGCAGAGAGCCAUCGGUGGGGAGAAGGUGAAGAGUGUUUGGGACCUGCUGCGGGACAGAGCCGUGCGCUGGCAGCUCAUCACUCUGCUCCUCGUGGUCUCCUGCAUCCAGCUCGUCGGGGCCAACGUGGUUUACUCUUAUGCAUACAGUAUCUUUACAAAGGCUGGAAUCCCCCCUGCUCAAACCCAUUAUGUCUCCCUGGGGAUUGGGACCACUGAGAUCUUCUCCACAGUUCUAUGUGGCUUCCUCAUCGAGCGUGCAGGGAGGAAGACACUGCUGUGGAAAAACUACACAGUGAUGGCCUUGGCUCUAGGGCUCCUCACAGUCACUCUCUCACUGCAGGACUCCUUUUUCUGGGUACCAUACUGCUCUGUUACACUUGUCUUUAUUUUCAUCAUGAGCUUUGGCAUUGGGCCAGGUGGAGUAGCAUGCCCCUUGAUCACGGAAAUAUUUAUUCAGUCAUACAGACCAGCUGCUUAUGUUUUUAAUGGUGUUAUAAACUGGAUCCAACUCUUCAUCCUUGGACUUGUGUUCCCUUUCAUUGUGGAAGGUCUUGGUAAUUUCUGUUUCAUCAUUUUCCUGACAUACUGUCUGUCCAUGGCUAUUUUUGUAUUCCUGGUGCUGCCAGAGACCAAAGGAAAGACCAUGCUGCAGGUCAAGGAGGAGUUCAACUGCCUCAACUACCGUGGAAAGAAGGGGCAGGCAGCCCUACAGCAGAGAAAGUGCUCAGUGGUGACUGUUACUAGGCUUUAAGAACAAACCCUCCACUUCAUAUUUUGGUCUUUUAUUACUGUAGUACCCAGAAGUUUCACUAAGCAAGAGAGAAUCUAUAGAUCCACCAAAAAAUCACCUUCAGUACAGGGUACAGCAUGAACUUGGUAGUUCUCUCCAGCUUCUGAAAUAUGAGCUGAAUUAAUUCCUCUGCAGAAGAAAAUGAAACACAGUUUGUAGAGAAAAUAAGA